AGCUAGAGACGUCAAUUGAACUGCCCAAAUCCAAAUGGGUUGUCCAAAUGGACACAACAGUCCAAAUGGACAUUAUUUUUUUAAGCCCAAAUUGUAUCAGACCAAAUUGUCCAGACCAAAUUGGCCCAAGUCCAAAUGAACCUUCAAAAAUGACCAAACUAUAUCAACUAAAGUAACUAACUAAAGUAAUAUUUUAAUAUUUUCAUCUUCACAGAUGUUAGGAAAGUUUUUCUGGUAAAAAGAUUUAGACCAUUUUCAAAUCGUUUCUAUAUUUCUGUCUAAAAUACAAAGAUUAUAUAUAAAAACAUAUAAUAAAGUAAAUCCACUUCUAUAAUAUAAUUUAUUUAUUUUAGAAGAAAAUAUAAAAAAAAUGUAAAGAUGGGUUAGAUAUGUUCUUACUAAUAAGGUCGACUAGUUGAUAUUCACUUUGUACAUGUAGAAGUCUUCUAAAAAAACACAAGUGAUGCACUCAACAGUAGACCUGGGCAUUCGGGUCCUCGAGUCGGGUUCGGAUCGGAGUCGUUGUGGGUCCGGAUCCUUCGGGUCUAAGAGUUUAAGACCCGAUAGGGUAAUUUGAAAUUCUCGGUUCGGGUCUUCUCGGAUCCGGGUCGGGUCGGGACUUAGAUAGUUGGACCCAAUAGGGUAAUUAGAGUUUGUCGAUUCGGCUCGGUUUCGGAUCGGAUUCGGUUCGGGUCAUGUCGGGUCCAACAAAAAAAACCUAAUACACACAGAAAAUACCUGAAAAUAUUUAAAUAUGAGUAAAUAUGAGAAAUGUUUUCUAAAAUUUGAUCCAAGGACAUGAAAAAUAUCUGAAGUUUUAUCUGAUUAUCCGAAUUAUAUUUUUGAAAAUCUAAAUUUUUAUCUGAAACCCAAAAUCAUACCCAAAAACUAAAAUUUGAAACUUAAACAAUACCCAGAAUACCAAAAAUAAAAUGAAACACCCAUAUAUACUUAAUAUAUACUAGAAGUUUCAGGUUUCGAGUACCCCCAACUUGAAUCAAAUGCAAAAGUAACAUAAAAAACUAGUGAAAUUACAAGUAUCCCUUAUGACAAAAAUAGACAGAAUGUUCUUUUACGAAUAUAACCCCUGGAAGUUUUCUGGAGGCUUUAUAAGUCUUCUCGGAGAAGAUUUCUAGGAAGUCUUCUCAUACUCUAGAUCUUAGAAAUAAUUUAUAAAUUUUAUUAAAAUUAUUUUGAUGGGGGAAAAUUUGAAAAUAUGGAAGCCUUCUGAAAGAAUCUUCUAAAACAUAUAAAUUUUGUUUUCAAGCUUAUCUUCUCAGAAGACUUAAAUUUCAAGCGGAAAAAUAAAAUGUAAACAGGAAAUUUAAGAGGGAAAUUAAAAUUUAGGCGGAAAUUUUAAGUGAAAAUUAAAACUUUAAAUCUCAUGAAAAUUAAAAAGUAUAUUUUAUGAUCUAAGAAGAUAUAUUAAACCAUUAAACUUGAUAAUAUUGAAGUUACUUGACACUUUUGAAAGUUAAAAAAAUAUCUUAAAGUUACUUAAUAAGUUUACAAAAAAAAUGUGAGAGUCUUCUCGAACUAGCUAAAAACAUUCAUAAACAUGAAUGUUGCUAACCUCAUAAUUAAAAUCAAUUAAUUUAUGUAUUUUAUUCAGCAACCCUAAUAUCGAUUAAUAUACAUGAAUCAACAAGAAAAUUUUAAAAAGCAUUUAUAAUUUUUGAGAAAAUGAAAGUUUAUGAAACAUUGACGUAGAAGACUUCCACAGAAGUCGUCUGCCGGAAGACUUCUAGGAAGUCUUCCAUUUAGGUCAUUUUUGAAAUUGAAAAUUUACAAAGGAAGACUUCCAUAGAAGUCUACUCUACAGCAGACUUCUUUGGAAGUCUUCCUUUGUAAAUAUCAGCUUACUUUUGUUUUUGAAAAAAUCUCAAAAAUAUCAGAGAAGACUUACCGAUAAGUCUUCUAGGAUAAACAUGUUAGUUUUGCAAUUGACCGAACUAUGUGAGAAAUUUGAUUUUUUUCUAGAAGACUUACAUGGAAGUCUUCCACUAGAAAAACUAAACUUAAAGAUUACAUUUAUCAAGACGACUUCUAUGUAAGUCGUCUCAUGUCUUUUGCAAUUGACAAAUAAAACUUAAAUAUUUAAUUUUAAUUAGACGACUUCGAUGUAAGUCUUCCGGCAUAAGAUUUACCAGAAUUUCUUCUGUGAUAACCAAGGUUUGACCAGAAUCUUGGAAUAAAUUUCUGGAAGACUUUCGUGUAAGUCGUCUCCCGGAAGACUUACAUGGAAUUUGUCUAAUUAAAAUUAAAUAUUUAAUGUUUUACUUUUCAAUUACAAAAUAAACCGAGAUGACUUUCACCGACAGUGAGAAGACUUCCACCGAAAGUCCGAAAGACUUACAUGGAAUUUGUCUAAUUAAAAUUAAAUAUUUAAGUUUUAUUUUUCAAUUGCAAAAAUAACCUGAGACGACUUUCAUCGACAGUGAAGAGACUUCUACUGAGAGUUCGGAAGACUUACAGGGAAGACUUCCGUGUAAGUUAUCUAGAGAACAUCAAAAUUCUGUCAUAAUCCGGUCAAUUGCAAAACUAACUUGUGUAUCCUAGACGACUUUCUAGAAAGUCUUCUCUGGUAUUUUCGAGAUUUUGGUGUUAACUUCCAAAGAAGCCGUCUCUAAAAACACACUUAAAGUCAAUUGCAAAAUUAACCUAUGUAUUGAAGAUAAGAUUUCCGUAUAAGUCUUCUACGACGAGAAAACUUAGACGGAAGUCUUCCGACGAACAAAUCUGGAAAAAAAUUAGUUUCAUACUUUCAACCAACGAGAUAACUUAAUUAGCUUCUUCUAUCACAUAUUAUUUCACCAUGAAACAAACCCACUUGUUAAUGACCAAGAAUUAUGAGUUUGAACUUUACAAAGUUUAGAAUCAAAAUCUUGGUUUUUUUGAUGAAUAUAGAGAAAAAAUGAAAGAGAUGUAAUUUGUAUGCAUAAGUAAUGAGAUAUGAAGGGUAAAAAUCGAAACUUUGGUGCAUUAAAAGCUUCAAAUUGGUUGUUCAUGGUGGAUUGGUACUGAUUGCAAUGGUAAUAUUGUAAAUACAUGAUGAAAAUGAUAUAAUAGAGUAAAAUACUCAUUUUCGGAAGAAAAAAUAAUAGUAUUUUCGUGAAUAAUCCAAACUUUUGAAAUGAAUAUGCCAAAUGAAAAUUCCAAAAAGAAUCAUGAGCUAGUUUUGUGGUUCACUUUUUGUUUUAAGUCAUAUUUGAAAAAAAAAACAAACUGCAAACCUUCAAUGUAAUCAACAUUUGGAUGUUCCGUUCCACAGAGCGAUUCUCCAGUCGCUGUCAACCAUCAAAAAUAACGUUAGAAUAGUAUCAGAAACCCAAAAAAGUAAAGUUGGGAAUGAAUUCACACAUCAACUUGGACAUCAGAUCUUGUUCUCUUCAAUCUCUUUCUUCUUCUCAUAUUUUUUUCUAAACACCAAGAAAAAAAAAACAGAACUUAACCUUGAAGUCUUAGCACUUCCACUAACUUUGGUCUUUUAAUCGUAUUUUCAAACCAUCUUUCAUCACCAACCUAAAGUACAACUUACUUUCUCUCUAAUGGUGGAAACAACAAGAAGCUCGAAGAAAACAACUCAAUCGGGUGACAAAGAAGCUCAAAACCCUAGAAAAUUCUCCUCUCGAUUCCUCUUCAAAGCCCUAAUCCUCGCCCUGUUAUGCUCCCUCGUACCAGUCUUCCUUUCUCAGACGCCUGAGCUCGCUAACCAAACCAGACUCCUCGAGCUUCUCCAUAUGAUUUUCGUCGGCAUCGCCGUCUCCUACGGCCUCUUCAGCCGCCGGAACUACGAAGGAGGAGGAGAAAGCAAUAACAAUACUCAUAACCCUCAUCCCUAUGUGCCUAAGAUUCUCGAAGUAUCAUCCUCUGUUUUCAACGUGGAUCAUCACGAGAGUGGAUCCGAUGAUUCCUCCCUCGACCACCGUAGGAUUCAGACAUGGAAGAACAAGUACCACACGAAAAUUCCAGAGACCGUUCUGCCUCUGCUUUUGCCUGUUCGAAGCUUGAACUACUCUCGCGGUUCUGAUUCCGGCAGAUGGGAGAGAGUGAGAUCAAAGAGACAGCUGUUAAAGACUCUCGUUGAUGAUAACAGCAGCGAUGCGCUUCCUUCUCCGAUUCCUUGGAGGUCAAGAUCAUCGUCGAUGGAGAUUGAAUCUCAGCCGUUGAUCAAGACGUCUUCUUCCUCUUCUUCGACGCCUUUACCUAAGCCUGGAGCUGAGGACACCGUGAGGAAGAAGGAGUUUCACACAUCAACGUCACCUCCUCCGCCACCGCCGCCGUUGCCGGCGUUUUAUAACUCGGCGCCGAGAAAGGAUUAUCCUCCUCCCCGAAGCUACAGAGAGUCAGUUCAGAAGAAGAAUUAUACUCCUCCACCGCCUCCGCCACCACCACCACCUCCGAUGGACUACUAUAAGUCGCCUCCGAGUAAACUCAGAGUAAGCGGCGAACGGAGAAAACUGUCGGAGCAAAAGAUGAAACUCGAUGAACGUUCAGCGACAAGAAACUCUCCUACAAAAGUCUGGUGGUCUGAGCCAAUCGCGGAAACGAAAGAAGAUAUCAGAGAAGACAUGAACAAGAAUGAUGGGAGAAGUUUCGUGGGGAGCAAGGCAACUGAAGAAUCCGAGGAUAAAGAAGAUAUGAUAACAGAAAAUGUAAUCCACGAAGAUGGUGAACAUAGUGAGAAGAAGUUAGAAGAGGAAAUAAAUUGUGGGAACAUCAGUGACGUGGACAAGAAGGCUGAUGAGUUCAUUGCAAAGUUCAGAGAACAGAUAAGGUUACAAAGAAUCGAAUCCAUCAAGAGAUCUGCUUAUAAGAUCUCUACAAAUUCAUCGAGGUAGAGAACGUAUUGACUGUUCUAAUUACAGACGAAAUAAAUAACAUUUUUUCAGUUUACUCUGCUUGUCUUCAUAAACUUGUAAAAGACUUUUGUGUUAUAGUUAUUCAGGCUGAAAAAGAUAGCAACUGGAAUGCUGAUUUAUGUGAAUAUAAACUCAGAUUGAUUAUACA